UCGGACUGAAGUGCUUGUUGGAGCCGAUCCAAUCCCAUUUGCCCUCUCACCCAUCGGCCCAUAAAAUAAGGUCACGAGCACGAAAGUCCCUCUUGGCGCGGAACGCAGUGGAUUUGGCCGGUCGCCACCAUCUCGCCUUCCCCUCACCCCGAAGGAGCUCGUCGAGAGAAGGAUGGAUCGGUACCAGAGGGUGGAGAAGCCAAGGGCCGAGGAGCCGAUCAACGAGAACGAGAUUCGCAUAACGGCUCAAGGGAGGAUCAGGAACUACAUUACAUAUGCUACGACCUUGCUUCAAGAAAAGGGGUCUGAGAAAAUUGUUCUUAAAGCCAUGGGAAGAGCAAUCAACAAGACAGUGAUGAUUGCAGAGCUGAUCAAGAGAAGGAUUGUUGGUCUCCAUCAAAACACAUCAAUUGAGUCCACUGAUAUAACUGACACGUGGGAGCCAUUGGAAGAAGGCCUUCUCCCGUAUGGAGCAUCACUUCCCCUCACCUUGUGCACUUUUUGCUUUGGAAUAUAUAUGUUGGCUAAUACAUGUUUCUAUGACAGUCUAGAGACUACACGCCAUGUGUCAACAAUAUCUAUUACUUUGUCCAAGAAGGAGCUUGAUACUUCAUCCCCAGGGUACCAAUUCCCUAUACCAGCUGACCAAGUAAAGCCUUGGACAGAUAUUGAUCAUGAAGAAGAGAUCUCACCUGGUGUGCGUGGAAGAGGACGUGGUGGUCGUGGAAGGGGAAGGGGUAGAGGGUAUGGCAAUGGGGUGGUGGCAGAUCAUGGAACAGAUGGUGGUGACUAUGGUGGGCGUGGAUAUGCUGGUCGAGGGAGAGGUCGUGGACGAGGUCGUGGUUUCCGUGGUCGUGGAAGAGGCUAUGGUGGUGGUUAUGGCGGUGGUUAUGAUGGUGGAGACACGCAUCAAGAAUCGGAUGGAUACGAGUACAAUGGACCUAGAGUACCUCUACGACAAGGGCGUGGACGUGGCGCUGGAAUGGCCAGGGGACGUGGCCGAGGCCGGAAUUACAGAUCAGAUGGACCAGUGCAGGCAAAUGCUUGAGUGUUUUUUCCUGGCGCAAGCCAGGGAUAUUUAUAUGCCUGCUCUGCUUUGAGUGUUUUUAGGGGAAAAAAAAAAAAAAUGAAGACUCAUGAUGAUAGUUCUACGAAGCUGUAGAAAUUAUCGGCGACUUGCCCCGCAGUCGACUGUGGUGCUGGUGUGUUUUUGUAGGCAGGAUUUUUCAUUUGUUAUUGCGUGAAUAUGAUGGUGUUUAGAAACCAAUAUUUCUGUAUAAUCGCCAUUGCCUUUGUAGGGACAAUAAAGCAGUAUAUUCUUUUAUUGUCAGAACUUGAUGGGGAAUUUAUGACUGCAUUAAGAUUUUAAUUUUUCACAUAAU